GAUCAAAGCAAAAAGGAGGAGACAGAAAAGGAAAGGCGAGGAUGGGAGACAGCAUCACUGCAGCGAAAGCGAGCUCUCUGCCUGUCUUGGCAACGACUGUUUACUCCACUCCUCUUUCGCUGGGAGCCGGCUAUCUCUCUCCCCUCCUCCUGCGUGAGUCAUGGAAGUGAUUUAGUGUAGGUGAGCGUGGACGGGAGCAGCAGGAGAAAGCCACGGUCCUGCUCGUGUGUCUGCGUCGUGGGCAGACUGGCACACGCUGUGACCAAAGGAUCCAUGCCAGCCCAGAGAGAGCAGGAAAAAACCCUCUUCCACAAACAACACUUAGUCUGUUCACGUCAGCAGGCAGCAGUGAAAGCUGUGAUCAUGAGGCUACUGUGGAAGUCUGUGGACAAGAUGAGAUGUUUAAGGAAACGAGCCGUGCUCCCUGUCCUCACCUUCCUACUCACCUCUCUGCUCUUUUUCAACCUUUACAUGGACGAUGGUUAUGUGCUGGAAGGUGAAAAAAGACAGCUGGGAGAGACGCUGAUUCACCCUUCAAGCUCUGACAGAUAUGUGCACACAUUUAAAGAUUUGUCCAAUUUCUCUGGGAGUAUCAAUGUGACAUAUCGCUACCUUGCUGGGAUUCCCUUGUCAAGAAAAAAGUACCUCACCAUUGGCUUGGCAUCUGUCAAGAGAAAAAAGGGAAGCUACCUUCUGGAGACGAUCAAAUCCAUCUUUGACCAGUCCAGCUAUGAGGAGCUGAAGGAGAUUGUGGUUGUGGUCCACCUGGCAGACUUUGACCUGGUCUGGUGUGAGAACGUGGUCCAGGAAAUCACCAGGAAGUUUGCUCACCACAUCAUAGCCGGACGCCUGCUGGUCAUCCAGGCCCCAGAGGAGUUCUAUCCCUCUCUGGACGGCUUGAAGAGGAACUACAACGACCCAGAAGACAGAGUCCGUUUCCGCUCCAAGCAGAACGUGGACUACGCUUUCCUCCUCAACUUCUGCACAAACCUGUCGCACUUCUACAUGAUGCUGGAGGAUGACGUGCGCUGCUCCAGAAACUUCCUGACGGCGCUGAAGAAGGUGAUCACCUCCAGGGAAGGUUCCUACUGGGUGAUGAUGGAGUUCUCAAAGCUGGGCUACAUCGGAAAGCUGUACCACUCCAAAGACCUGCCCCGCCUGGCUCAUUUCCUCCUCAUGUUCUACCAGGAAAUGCCUUGUGACUGGCUCCUCAUCCACUUCAGGGGUCUGCUGGCUCAAAAGGACGUGAUCCGCUUCAAACCCUCACUGUUCCAGCACAUGGGCUACUACUCGUCCUAUAAAGGGGUGGAGAACAAACUGAAGGACGACGACUUCGAGGAAGACUCCAUAGACAUUCCAGACAACCCCCCCGCCAGUAUUUACACGAACAUCAACGUCUUUGAGAACUACGACGCCACCAAAGCCUACAGCAGUGUAGUUGAUGAGUAUUUCUGGGGGAAACCUCCAUGCACUGGAGACUUCUUUAUCAUAAUCUUCAACAAAUCCACAAAAAUUAGCAGAAUCAAAAUUGUGACGGGCACGGAGGAUCGGCUAAACGACAUCCUUCACCACGGAGCUCUGGAAGUGGGCCAGAAGUCUGUGGAGACCAAACAGGGAAGACAGUGUACAUCCUACAUCACGUUAGGAGAGUUUAAACUCGGCAACGUUGAGAUUCAUGACGUAGACCGCAAGAUUGGCUUUGACAUCGAGUGUGUCAGAAUAGUUGUCACGGCAAGUCAGAAAGAGUGGCUCAUCAUCAGAACUAUCAGCCUCUGGACCACACAGCCUGUUAGUCAGUUAAAGUAGGGACGUUACAGUCUUCCUUUUUUCGUUCCUGUAUGUUUUAACUUGAUAGAAAGACUUGUAUUUGGACUUUGACUGUACUGUAAAUUUAAAGCAAUCCAUAUUUUGUUGGGUUGCUAAAAGAUCUGGAUAUUUUCAUUGUGAUGUAUCAAAAACAGGACUGCUGUGUACAUAGAGCAUUUCUAAUACAAUGUUCAUUUUCUGAGGAUCUAUUUAUAAAAAAAAAACAUAUUCACACA